AGUAACAAUUUUCCACGAUUCUCAGUGAAGUUUCUAUGAAAACAUAUGCAUACAUAUAUCAUUUUUAAAACCACAAACGGCAGCAUACUACACAUUGUUCUAUGCCUUAGAAAGUUUGAACAGCUCGUUUUAAUCCAGUGAGUAUGUCUAUGAACCACAAUAUCGUGAAUUUGGAGGCUUUUACAUAUUGGGCUUCUUUCAAGCUUCUUGGAUGUAAUCGAGACCAAAGGCCUACAUCUUCACCCUCCUCACGAUUAUUUAGGAAGAGAAGCAGGGCUAAGGAGGGUUAAACCGGUUCUGAAGUUGAGGUUUCGGUUUGGGAGACAUCAGUGCUGCCUUGAAAAAGGUCAUGUUGAGAAACACUCAUUCCCUCCUCCAUAGAGGACCUCGAGAGAUGUGGCUGAAGGCAGGAUCAAUACGACAACCCUCAUAACCUCUGCUCUCCGCAUACCUGGUCGGACGGCACAACGCCCAAGGGCUGCGAUGAACUGAACUCUACCUCCACCCCACCCCCGCGCCUGACGGCGAGCCUCAGGACGGGGGCUGUACCUGUACUGAUCUCCCUCUCGCCAGCACUUGGCCCAGGGGCUCAACUGUCUAACACAGUCAAGGUCUCUGCAAAGAAGGGAAGUUGGGGUUUGAAGCGGAUAAUGAUCGAGGGAGCCCAAAGAGGUGGAUUUAGAGACACAAGGGGGUUUGCCAGUGGGUUAUAAUACCGGGGACGGCGGGGGAGGGGGGUCGCUAGGUCUAGGAGGCCACAGAAAAAAUAUGCGACACUUCCACGUGGGGGGUAAAUUUCACUCUAUUAUUUAGCGGGGAGGAGCAUUAAAGAAAAAAAAAACAUGCUCUAUUACGGGACUACAAAAUCCCACAGCCACGUGAAUGCCUAACACAAAACAGGAAGCCCACAGACACGCCCGCAGACCGCGAGGCUGAGAGCGUCGGCCACUCCCCUCGGUUACCAGGGGCGCUCGGGCCGGGCCUGGGAGCGCCGCGGCGAGGCGGACUCCCCGAGCCAGCGAGCACGCGUCCCAGCUGCGCAGCGUCCCGGCUGCGGGAGCCUCUGCGGGAGAGCCGCGCCUGUCCGUCCUCUGCACCGCCCCGGGGCAUCAGUGUGAUUCGGGAUGUGUGAACUGGGAACUGCCGGCCCGGCUGGCCCCGCGGGCUCCAGGGGCCGCGGGCAGCGCUCUGGCCGUGCAUGAAGGAGCCAAAGGGACUAAGAUGGUGCACGCUGGGCGCACCCGGAACAGCCUCCAGGAUUCUGGGAUCCCGACAGCUGGAGGUAGGAAGUGGAGGGCUCAGAAGUUUCGAGCUCCCGAGCACACCAGAGUACGCGUCAGCACCGAACUACUGUUUGCCUGCAGAACGCCGAAAGCGCGAAAAUGCUAAGGGGGGUUUCGGGUCACCUUCUCGCGACGUCUAAGUGACGUCGCACAGCAAUCGCGUACUCCACUGGUUCACCUUCAGUCCACUCCCUCAGUACGCGGGCCUACCCCUUUAAGCGAGUGAUGGACAGUUAUUUCAGCCUAUCAAUUUCCCCAUCACCAUCCAAUCAGAUUUAAACUUCUCUCUGCGGCCGGAGGAGUUGGAAGAAGGGGGACGAAAGAGGGAGCGCUCUCUCGCGCGAGACGGCUGUGAGGCGGCCUCUCAGGAAAAAAAAAAAACGCCAGAAAAGAUGGCCCGACUUCUCAAGUAGUGGGUUAAAGGACGGGCUCGAAAACCAAUGAAAGGGAUGAGGAGGUGGGAUCGUUGCUUUCAGAGAGCAAGAGGUACCGUUACAGGGCACACUUUUCGUCCAAUCAACGCCCGCAGACUUUGGGUCAGGUGACCAUAGAGUGCGAGGGGCAGGGCUACAGCCUGGCGCGAGGAACCGUUAAGAUGGACAACGAACGUAACCAAUGAGGUACUCCCACUGAGGCGUUGGGAACCCAAUAACAGUGGUUGGGCGGGCGCCUUCUCCGAGCGCGGGGAGAUGUAAAGACGGGCAAGUAGUUUUCCCAAUGAGACUGUAGAAGAGAGGAGCUACUUGACCAAUGGAGACUGCGGGGCGGGAUCCUUUGCAGCGGCGGAGUCCAAGAUGGCGGCAUGCGGUUCCGCUGUGUGAAACCAGCGCGGGGCGGCGGGUUACUCAGCUCCGCGGAGACCACGUCCGGCGACCCGCAACAAUGAAGGGAAAAGAGCGCUCUCCAGUCAAACCCAAGCGCUCCCGCGGCGGUGAGGAUUCGACUUCUCGCGGGGAGCGGAGCAAGAAGUUAGGGGGCUCUGGCGGCAGCAAUGGGAGCAGCAGCGGAAAGACCGACAGCGGUGGCGGGUCGCGGCGCAGCCUUCAUCUCGACAAGUCCAGCAGCCGAGGUGGGAGCCGCGAGUAUGACACUGGUGGCGGCAGCUCCAGUAGCCGCUUGCAUAGUUACAGUUCCCCGAGCACUAAAAAUUCCUCGGGCGGGGGCGAGUCGCGCAGCAGCUCCCGAGGUGGAGGCGGGGAGUCACGUUCCUCUGGGGCCGCCUCCUCCGCUUCUGACGGCGCGGAGUACAAGACGCUGAAGAUAAGCGAGUUGGGGUCCCAGCUGAGCGACGAGGCGGUGGAGGACGGACUGUUUCACGAGUUCAAACGCUUCGGUGAUGUAAGUGUCAAAAUCAGCCAUCUCUCGGGUUCUGGCGGCGGGGAUGAGCGCGUAGCCUUUGUGAACUUCCGGCGGCCAGAGGACGCGCGGGCAGCCAAGCAUGCCAGAGGCCGCCUUGUGCUCUAUGACCGGCCCCUGAAGAUAGAAGCUGUGUAUGUGAGCCGGCGCCGCAGCCGCUCGCCUUUAGACAAAGAUACUUAUCCCACGUCAUCCAGCGUGGUCGGGGCUUCUGUAGGCAGUCACCGGCACCCGCCUGGAGGAGGUGGUGGCCAGAGAUCGCUUUCCCCCGGUGGGGCCGCGUUGGGGUACAGAGACUACCGGUUGCAGCAGUUGGCUCUUGGCCGCCUGCCCCCUCCACCUCCCCCACCAUUGCCCCGAGACCUGGAGAGAGAGCGAGACUACCCAUUUUAUGAGAGAGUGCGCCCAGCCUACAAUCUUGAGCCGAGGGUUCCUGGAGCAGGUGCUGCAGCUUUCAGAGAAGUGGAUGAGAUCUCACCGGAGGAUGAUCAGCGAGCUAACAGGACGCUUUUCUUGGGCAACCUGGACAUCACUGUGACAGAGAGUGAUCUAAGGAGGGCUUUUGAUCGCUUUGGAGUCAUUACAGAAGUAGACAUUAAGAGGCCUUCCAGGGGCCAGACCAGUACCUAUGGCUUUCUCAAAUUUGAGAACCUAGACAUGUCUCACCGGGCCAAACUAGCAAUGUCUGGCAAAAUUAUCAUUCGGAAUCCUAUCAAGAUUGGUUAUGGGAAAGCUACCCCCACCACUCGCCUCUGGGUAGGUGGCCUGGGAUCUUGGGUGCCUCUGGCUGCUCUGGCAAGAGAAUUUGACCGAUUUGGCACCAUACGCACCAUAGACUACCGCAAAGGUGACAGUUGGGCAUAUAUCCAGUAUGAAAGCCUGGAUGCAGCUCAUGCUGCCUGGACCCAUAUGCGGGGCUUUCCACUUGGUGGCCCAGAUCGUCGCCUUAGAGUAGACUUUGCAGACACAGAACAUCGGUACCAGCAGCAGUAUCUGCAGCCUCUGCCCUUAACUCAUUACGAGCUGAUGACAGAUACUUUUGCACACCGAGCACCUGAUCCUUUGAGGGGUGCACGAGAUAGGACACCACCUUUGCUAUACAGAGAUUGUGAUAGGGACCUUUAUGGUGACUCUGAUUGGGCGCCACCCCCUCCAGUCCGGGAACGCAGCACUCGGACUGCAGCUGCUGCUGUGCCUGCUUAUGAGCCACUGGAUAGCCUGGAUCGCAGGCGGGAUGGUUGGUCCUUGGACCGGGACAGAGGUGAUCGGGAUCUGCCCAGCAGCAGAGACCAGCCUAGGAAGCGAAGAUUGCCUGAGGACAGUGGGGGGCGGCAUCUGGAUAGGUCCCCGGAGAGUGACCGUCCAAGAAAACGUCACUGCGCUCCUUCUCCUGACCGCAGUCCAGACUUGAGCAGCAGCCGGGAUCGCUACAACAGUGACAAUGAUCGAUCUUCUCGCCUUCUUCUCUUGGAAAAGCCCUCUCCCAUCAGAGACAGACGAGGUAGUUUGGAGAAAAGCCAGGGUGACAAGCGAGACCGCAAAAACUCUGCAUCAGCUGAACGUGAUAGGAAGCAUCGGACAGCUGCUCCCACUGAGGGAAAAAGCCCUCUGAAAAAAGAAGACCGGUCUGAUGGGAGUGCAGCCAGCACCAGCACUGCUUCUUCAAAGCUCAAGUCCCCUUCCCAGAAACAGGAUGGUGGGACAGCCCCUGCAGCAGCAGCCUCUCCCAAGCUCUGUUUGGCCUGGCAGGGCAUGCUUCUCUUGAAGAACAGCAACUUUCCUUCCAACAUGCAUCUGUUGCAGGGUGACCUCCAAGUCGCCAGUAGUCUUCUUGUGGAGGGCUCCAGCGGAGGCAAAGUGGCCCAGCUCAAGAUCACUCAGCGUCUUCGUUUGGACCAGCCCAAGUUGGAUGAAGUAACUCGACGCAUCAAAGUGGCAGGCCCCAAUGGUUAUGCCAUUCUUCUGGCUGUGCCUGGAAGUUCUGACAGCAGGUCCUCCUCUUCGGCCACGUCAGACACUGCCACCUCUACUCAGAGGCCGCUUAGGAACCUGGUGUCCUAUUUAAAGCAAAAGCAGGCCGCUGGGGUGAUCAGCCUUCCUGUGGGGGGCAACAAAGACAAGGAAAACACCGGAGUCCUUCACGCCUUCCCACCCUGUGAGUUCUCCCAGCAGUUCCUGGAUUCUCCUGCCAAGGCACUGGCCAAAUCUGAAGAAGAUUACCUGGUCAUGAUCAUUGUCCGUGCAAAGCUGGUGAACAGUGGAUGAAGAUACGGAAAUCAAAGCUCUAAUGGACCUUUCGAAGAGGAGUUGUGGCUUAUGUGGAGUUUACAUGGGCCUCUUGAUGGAAGAAAGCUAAUCUGUUUAGUAUUUUGUGCAUUUUACUAAAAUGGCAGCUUAAAGUUGUGUAUCUGCUAUUGUGAUGCCAAUGCCGGUGUUUUAAGUGGAAAAAAAAUGACCUCUUGCUUUGUGCUGUGUACACAAGAUUUCUGGAAAAGUAAAGAAAAACCCUUUUUAUGGCUCACACAGCUUAAGAGUAGCUGUCACUCAAACGUGCGCUCACAGUUGAGCUGCUUUUGUUUUAUUCUAAAUAAAUUGUUUCUUUUGAGGAAAA